ACGAUGGGGAGUGCGUCGUGCAAUACCUCGAAGGGAAAAGAUAUAAAAAGGGGGUAGUCUCUGGAGGGGUUAGGGUUUGUUUUCCUGGCAAUUCAGAAUCAAAAUCAAUUCAAUCGGUUAUACUUCUUACUCUCAAAGCCUUCAUAUUUUACCAACCUACCAAAAGCAAUCAUGUCGGUCACUCCUAUCAUCCUCUGCGGUCAAUUCGAGUCCGUUGGUAAGGCCUUCUCUGAGGCCGUGAAGCCCGACUAUGAAGUGGUCUACUUCGCCACCUCCCCACAAUCCGGCCUCACCGAUAUCCCACAGGUUCUCUCGGGCCAAAUCCCCACCGCCGCCUCCGUCCCCGGCACCAACAAGAUCGGCAACGGCACCAAGGUCGGCUCGGGAAACCUGAUCCACGGGAUCCCGAAGGCCAUUGUUCUCGGCGCGGUCACGUAUGAUGAUGAGUGGAUCGAGAGUUUGCGCAAGGAGAUUCCCGACGGCAAGCAAGUCCCUGUGUUGAAGCGGGAGUUUGACAGCAGCGCGGCUGCGGUCGGGAGUGGAGGUGCGACGCCCGUGGGGUCUGAGAAGGGGAAGGUCGAGGCUGCGGCUGAGAGGGCGAUUGAGGUUUUGAAGAAGUUGGAGGAAGAGGGGAAGUUGGAGGGUGGUGAUGAGGGUGUUUAUGACUAUUAGGGAGGUGGACCGUUUGUGUUAGUAAAAUUGUCUUGUGUUUUGGAUGGAUGGUGAGAAUGUUUUGGUACUUCGAGAGGGAAGAUAGAUCUAGUGG